GAUUAGAACCCAAAUGACAUCCAAUGUCAAUGCGCGUGCUCGUUGGCAGGUGGCCUUCGCCAAGGUGCGCGAGAUCACGGCCUCGCACCGGAAGCGGCAGCACCGGGUGGCGUUGGGGAUGAAGGUGAAGGAAUACCUCAUGUUCCAUCACCUACGAGGCACUUGUGGCAGGAUGAAUCGCACCGUAGAUAGCUUCGAGCGAUCCAUCUUCUCGGACAAGACGGAGAAGAUGGAGAUCACCUACGAAUCGUUUUCUGAGGGCGUAGUGCCUGAAGCUGACGAAUGGGUCAGGAAGAACUUCGAAGAUAUGAGAGAAGCUUUGGAGCCUGUCGUGCAAAAUGAACAAUUCCGAAAGUACGAUAUGAACGAGCUGGAACGCAUGUUGCGGAUGAAAGAGCAGGAAGACAGCUGGUUAGACGCGAAGCAGAAAGCCACCGAAGAUUUGCUUCAGACCCAUGGCAAGCUCAUGGAGCGUUCCGUGACCAGUUUGGAAGACAUGGUGAGACAAGUGCGCCAGGUUUUGUCAGCCCUGGCGGCCGAAAUCGCGGGAGGUUUGCAAAGGCACCACAAUCUGAAAGCAGAGCAUGAUACAGCAGAGAAUGAGUCCUUUGACAUGUCACAAAAGCAGAAGAAGUUGAUGACGCAAAUUGACGAGUUUGAAGCACGACAGAAAGAAGCAAAAGAGCGCUAUGCAAGAGAGCUGGAACAACUGACCCAGGAAUUCCUUAAAGUUCGCCGGGCCACGACCAGUGUGAAAUUCCAACUUGCCAAGGAUGAACACUACUGCGAACGGCUCCUGCAAAAGAUUCAAGACACCUUGGCAACGCAGAUGGCGGACCACGCCAAGGUGAUGGCGGAAGAGCACAUCAAGCGGAUCCAACGGAAGUGGGAUGUGCGUCAGCGGGAGAAGAUCAUGAGGCAAGCCACCUACGAAAAGGAGCUACAGGAGUUGCGUGAGCGGCUGCGCAAGCGUCAGACUGAGCUGGAGGAGAGGCGCACAUUUCUGGAGCUCUCCGUGUGUCGCUCCAAAGCAACGCAGGCAAAGUUGCUCCUCUUCGAACUCCGUGCCCGAACGCAGGACAGCAUGGGCCAGGCGCAGCGGAAGACGCUGAAGCGCCUCUUCAGCUCCAAGAAUUUGAGCUUCCCAACACCUCAGCAAGGCCUGGGCGGCUGGAGCUGGCCAAAUCGGGUACCAAAGGCGGCUGGGGAAGCUCUGCCAGGUUUGCUGAUGCUGUUGGGGGAGGAGCUACAGUUGCAGAGGAAAUGGCUCACUGAACGAGGAUGUCGAGCUGACUGCCCGCAGCUUCCAGAUCCGAGGUGCAGCGAACAGGAUGCGGAAUUUCAGGGAUUGAACAUGGAUUGA